GCGAAGGAACACUUUUUUCGUGGUGAGGGGUAUAGAUGCCUUGUGGCGACUCUGGUGGUGUGGCACGCGAUUUGGUCAAAGGAUAUGYCCAAGUGUCCUGCACAUUUGGCUUCUGCCGUGCAGGCCUUGCAGAGUCUUUCUCCAGGUCAUCCCUCUUUUCAAUGGACACCUCUUCGUUUUCCCGAGGACGUCGUUCCGCCGCCCCCGUCGACUGCCGCCCCCUCGCAAGUGGCGCCAUCUCCAUGUGCACCACUUGCUCCCCCCCCCCUCGUCCGGCGGCAGUCUCACCUGCGCCGCUUCGUCAGACGAUUCCCGCAUCCGUUGAUGGCAGGUCAUCUGUGGCAGCUCAGCAUGAUGCGCAAGGCACCGUGCCAGUUUCGGGUGUCGGGGAACAUGUGUCGUUCGACGAGCAAGGCACUCGUGCUUUCGUCGAGGGCGAUGGAUGGGGGAAGGGCGCUAGCAUAUCAUCCGGCCUCGCUCCGUUGUUCACUGGUAACAGGGACAAGGUCCCAAGAGUUCGACGCACAGGCACACAUCCGGCCGUGACAGGAGCACCUGCAACAGGAUAUCAAUCCGCUGCGUAUCCAUGGUUGCCUCCCCCUCCUUCGCAAACAAGACGGCCUACACCAGACUUGAUUUCGGCACCAGUUGGCGAGGCCGCUGCAACGGCCCCUGAGGGGGCGGGAAACGUCCCGCUCGACGAGCCCGUUCGGGUUUCGCAUUCGUCACCCACUCCGGUGCCCGUGAACGGCCCGACCUCGCAGCACGGUGUUUUUGGGACACUAGAUCCUUUACAAAGUCUGCACAACAUUGCAGCUCCGAGUCCAGGCCCCACCGCAUCACCUGCGACCGGGGCCGGGGUGUCGGAUUCGCUAGGUAUGGGUGCCGGUGCACGAGUGAGGGGCACUUACAGGCAGCAGGCGGUGACCUCGUAUUACAACUACCCGCUGGAGCACGCAUGGCACCUGCAGAUCAUUGUCGAGAGUGGAAUGUCGUUCAACUGUGUGAAGCUUGAGAGCUUCAAACGAAUGUUGACGUUGAUCAUCCCGCCUGGGGUUCCAGGAGUCCCUACCCCAAAACCCCCAACGUAUCACAUGAUCCGUACCACACUUUUGGAURAGCUUGAUGUGGAAGUCCAAAAGUUGAAGUCCCUUGACAUCAAGCUCGCUGACAUCACCGCUUUCGUCACAGACUCUGCCAGUUCGAACGUUUCUGCGAUGGAGGUGUUCAAGAAGGAUGAGAGUGUCAAGCACAUCUUCUGGAUUCCUUGUGUGGCGCACGCCAUGGACCUCAUCCUUGAGGACAUCGGCGACAUUGACUGGGUAGCGACCCGCAUUGCUCAGGCGCGUUUGGUCACAAAGUUUUUCAAUCGUCAUAGCCACGCUCGCGUAGUUUUGCAAGCUUUCACGACGAAGGCUCUAUUGCUUCCCGCCGAGACUCGCUUCGGUACGCAUGCGAUUAUGAUGCGACGACUUCUUCUGCGGCAAUCGCAUCUUAUGCAGGUGGUCGUUGAUGAUCGAUGGAAGGACACUGUUUGGUCAACGAAGAAGAUUCGAGACGAUGACGCGGAGGUCACAGCAUGUGUCGUCAUGGAUAUGCUGCAGAUUGUGGACAGCGACACGAGGCAAACUGGCAAGAUUUUGCCGAUGACGAGGAGCAGGCCUGCACAGGAUGACAACAGUGACUUCGACGAUCGUCACCCGGACGUGGACAGCGACGAUGGCGGCAGUGGCGAUGAUCACGGUGACGGAGGAGAUAGGCCACGACCCUACUCAAUCCACAGAGACAAUGACAAGAGGCCCGACGAGGGAGCGGGACAUUGUCGCGCUCACGAUGACGCUGAUGCACGGAACAGUGCAGGGGCCUUGAGACCUGCACAUAGUGAAAAGAUGCGCGACGACGGGGCAGGGGGCGAGCACCACACAACAGUAGAUGGCGCUCAAGAUGGAGUGGAUGAUGAUGGUUCACGACCUGUCCCGGGCGGUGAACUGAGGUGCUUGAAACGCGGACCAAGGAAAAAAGACACUAUUGCUUCACAUGUGCACAAACGUCAUGGUGGGGUUGCUAGCAUUCCAGUAGCACGAGUCCCCGCAACUGAGCAGAUUCCGAUUUCCGAUGACUCUUUCAGCGAUCACGACGGCGAGGAGCGGAUCGAGCUGCAUGGCGGGAGUGGUCAUCCACGAGAUGACACUUCGAGUAUGCACGCGACAGCUCCGAUGGGGCCUUCCGCAGCAGUCCCAGAAUCGCAACAGGGUUCAGCACCGUUGAUGCGUCAUCCCGAGGUUCAGGGAGAGAUCGGUCCUCUCCCGGCAGUGCGGGACGAGGGUUCUGCCGGUGCACUGCAUCCACUCACGUCUGCCAGAGCGGCAGUCUCAGUUGCAGCGACCUCGAAUGUGGGCAGCCACUUGCAGCGGCGGAGUAAAAAAGUAUGCAUGCAGCGAUCAGGCACGCACGGAGGCGAUGCAGUCAACAGUGUGCCUCGGCCACCGCCUGCAUUGAUGGAGGGGAGUCAGGGGACCGUUGUUGUGUGUCUAGGCGACGAUCUUCCGGAACGUGAGAUCUCACACACUCCCACAGCCGAGCAGAGCGUCGCAGGCCAUGUCGGCCUCGCAUGCCCCACCGACAGUCUUUCGGGUACCGGCGAGUUACUGACCAUGGACUCUGCGCUCGUUUCUCUACCGGACUUGUCGACGUUGAUAUCCCCAGGUCUACUCCACGUGUCACUGCCCAAGCCACAACAACCUUUCGUCAUGGAGCGUGGAUCAGAUGGGUUUGACGAGGUAGGAGGCGAUAUCGUUGAUAUGAUUACGAGCCCAAUGGUGUCUGCCACGCCCACGACUUUUUGUGUUGGCAAACCACACGAGGUGACCCUUGGUUUGGCGGAGACGGCGACGCGACACCGCCGCGACGGUCAGCGCAGCAUCGCACAACGCAGUCUUUCUCAUUCGUUUGGCUGCGCAGAGGAAGGGUCUCCUGGUGGCGGGAAGAGUACUGGGGGGAUGGAUGAGCAGGGAGUCCGGAAUGUUGGCAGUCCAUCUGCACCGUCUAUGGUGACACGAUCCAUUGGGAGUGUGGAUGGUGCUCGGCACACCGCCAUGGCAGAGUUUGAGGUCCGACACGGGAGUGCUUUGCUGACGAAGACGUCUCAUGUUCAUGCUACGAGAGCCGCAAAGGCGAGUCUUUCUCGGGCAAGGAAUAAGGCAUCGACAAGGAAGGUGUCACUUUCUUUCUCACAUAUGCGUUCCCGAGAGAGAGGAUCGGGCGUUGUGCAUCUCGAGGACGGAGAGAUUGCACCUGACGGCGACGCAGAGGCCGUUGGAGGAAGGGAUGCAACGAUGGCGGAUAUCGUCGGCAGGGAGGGCACAGGGGAUGCAGUGGCAGGUCAGAAGAGACGCGGCAGUGUACUUAUCGUCCAUGACGACAGCACAAAUGUCGCCCCGGGAGAGACCACAGGCACUGAUGAUGUAGGGGACUCCGAUUACGUACCCAAACCACGGGCGGCAGAUGGAGAUGAUGGAGGAGGGCGACGAGCGAGACCGAGGACACGACUCGGGCCGCAAGGGCAUCGAGAACAGGACACACCAUCGACGAUGAUUCCUGCUCCCAUAGAUCGGCGAGCUAAGGCGCAGCGGUUGCUGCCCAAAAUGGACCUCGCAUCCUCGCAGCCUCGUAGCCUCGUAUCCUCGAAGGUAUCUUAUUGUGAUUGGUUGUUGCCUCUUGUUCGAACUCUUGGGAGUCUUGGGAGUAUUGUCUGAGGUUGUAUAUCUAUUCAGAUGGUGCAAUGUUUUUGUUUUUUUUUUAUAUAUCUAUGCAAAAUUGGAAAUUGACCAAAUGAUACAAUGGUUUUUUUUUUUUUUUUUUUUUCCCACCCUCGGCAGUUCGAUUUGUCUUCGAAAAUUGAAAUUUAUUUCGAAUCUUGAAAUGUUCGCAUUCUUCAAAAUGUACUGUCUGGCGGUUGGAAGGUUGCCCGUGGACCGUGGUGUGUGUGUGUUUUCUCGCAUUUUUUUUCAUCCAUUGAAAUUUUCUGCCUCAACCAAGUUGAACCAACCCCUCAAAAAGACCGAAAUGCUUCUCACUUAGGCCUCUGGAAAAAUCGACGUGAAUGGUUGAAGUGGGGAUAUUUCCGGUUGUAAAAUGUAGAUCUAUUUUCAAGGUGUGUGGAGUUACUAUAGUAGAAUGGCUAAUGAAAGAGAAAAGGUCACCGAUAAUUUCGAUAAAGCUACAAAACAAAAAAUUUAUCAAAUAAAAAUUCAAACCAUGUGGAGUACAAAUUGUACAAUGGCUAAUGAAAGACAAAAGGUAACCGACAAAGCAUUAAAAAAAAUAAUAAUAAUAAUAAAAUUUACAAACGCUC